AUGGACUGCGGGUACGGGGAAGAAGGAUGUUAUCGGCACGUCGAUGUCGUUCAUCGACAAGGACUGGACGUGGCGUUGCUUGUGACAGUCUGCAACGAAUCUCACGAUUCCGGUGUUGUGCAAAAGAAGAUCUCGAGCCGAAUUGUGGAGCUGUACGAUGUUGACAUCGGCUGCAUGGCUCACUUCGUCAUGUCGGAUACGGCCCCAGCAGCUCGUAAACUGUCGAAACUAUACGAAGAUGCAGUACCAGUGGACUGCUCGAUGUACGUGUUAAAUCUGUGUCUUGUGUACGGCCUGGGCAUGAAGGAAAACGUCAAGACCUGCCACGUGGUCAACCCGGUGCCAAAUUUGUUACAGAAGCAGCGGCAGAUGUGUACGCCAGGAGGUCCAUUUCCCAAAGGCGCAAAGCUGCAAGCCUACGGGUUGCCCGAGCUCAGCGCGAUGGUGAACUGUGAUACGCGCGUGGCCUCGACGGUGACGCUGUUUCAGAAGAGUAUCCUGAACUACCCCGAAUUCAAAGCCUACUUCCAACGCUGUGAGACCUACGAUGAUCCCACGAUAUUCGCGAGGUUAUCAAACGAGGACUGGCAGACGAUGGCCCAGUGCGAGGCGGUAACACACAUGCGAUAA